GGGAGUUAACUUGAAUACUAGGCUAGGUGAAGAUCUUGGUGCUUACCGCGUGCCCCCUCUCCCUUGCAUCGUGGAAAAAACUAUUUAGUGAUUUCGUGUUACGAUUUUGGGUAUUUUGAGAUCCGGGUGAUUUCGAAUCGGUCUUCGUUCAGAAGGAAUGGAGAAGAGACAACCGACAAUGAUUACAACCAGUGAAACGGGCUUACAUGCUAAUCUACUAACAGCGACGGGCCAGCGUCUUACUCCGACAGGCAAAAUCAGCCAUGCCAAGACGCGUGUCUAUACGCAACGGUAUCGCAAAGAAUGGGAACAAAUGCCCGAUUUUAAAGGAUGGCUGGCGUCCGUGCCGUUCCAAUCAACAAGAGCUUAUUGUUUGUAUUGCAAGAAAAAUCUCCAUGCGCACCGACUUUCUUUGUUAAAACAUACAUGUACGAUGAAGCAUCAACGAUCAGCUUUGUCACACGAAGCGGAAGAAAAAAAGAAGGCUGCAGCUCGAAAGGCAAAUGCGGUAGAGGAGGUUGAAAUAGAAGAAGUCGAGGAAAUUGAGGCUAUUGAACAUACUCAAACUGAAGUAGAGGAAAAUGAAGAUGAGGUGGAAUAUGUUGUUGAGAGAUUAGAAACUGAUGAUGAGCUGGAUGAAGCUCAGAUUAAAGAUCCAAUUGAAGAUGUUGGUGCUGAAGCUGAAGAUGAAGAAGAAGAGGAUGAUGAUGAUGUAGAAGAUAUGCAGUUGCAGAUGCCUUCUGAUGAAGAAGAUGUUAAGCAUUCAAUAAAAAAGAUUAAGAUAGAGAGGGUGGAGAACUGCGAGGAUUCCUUGACAGAAGCUAUGGAUCAUAUGCAGAGUGAAUAUUUGGAAGAAAGUGAUAAUCAUGAAACUGUACAAAUGGAAAUAGUUGUAGAAUCAGAAGAUCAGAGUAAUUCAGAUAUGCAAGUUGUAUCGAUUCUUCCUGAUACUGAAGAUUCUAGUAAAGAAUUGUCGAAGGAAUUACGCGAAAAUGGAAGAGCGAUUCGACGAGGCGACAGUAAAUUAGAUAGAAAAUCUGCAAAAUUAUUGCAAGAUGAAUGCAAACAGCAAGGAGAUUCAGGAAUAAUGGUGGCAUGUCCAUUACCUAUUUUAGGUACAGCUUAUCAAAUUAGUUCCUCAGUUGCACCUAGUACUAACACCAUUGGUGUUCUUCAGCCAGUGAAUACAAUCCCCAUUGCACCUGCGCAAAGUAAAACGAUUACUUUGACGACGGGUGGAAAAACUCUGACUUUGACAGGUGGUACAUUCCAACCUGGUGCUCAGUAUGUUCUGAGUAAAUUAAAGGGUAAAUUUCCUACGUUGGUAAUGGCUGAUAAAAAAACUACAAUUGUAGCUAAUCAAGCAGAGGACACCGCGAAAGGCGUUCAGCUAAACAAGGAUCAGUUAGAUGUACCAAGUACUAGUUAUCAAAGUCCGAAAAAACAUGUACUUUUAAAAACCGUUAAUAGUUCAACAACUAAAAAGCCUCGUAUUUCAACUCACGUUGUAGACACUAGUAAAGGUUUACCAAUUGGAGGUUUGCAAGUUAGCCUUUAUAAGUUAAUGGAUGGGAGGUGGACUUUUUUAAAUGAAAGUAAUACGAGCCCGAAUGGUCGGUGCGUAGAUUUGGUGGAUAACAUGAAGGUUAAUUUCACAGCUGGACGUUAUAAGAUUCACUUCGAUGUUGAUAAAUAUUUUACGCUAAGAAGGAUAGAAACAAUGUAUCCGUUUAUCGAGAUUGUUUUCGAUGUAAAAAACCCUGCUGGUCACUAUCACAUACCAGUGCUUCUGAGUCCAUUUGGUUACACCACCUACCGUGGUUCCGAAAGAUAAACAUUAAUCAAAUCAGCACGUGUUUUUCAAGUAUUUUAUUUCUUUGUAAAAAAAUUAAAUUUCAUAGAAAUAAAUAUGUUUUACGAUUUAA